CUACGGUAUUUAAUCCACCCUCAAAAAAAUGCAUAAAAACUACUGUAUUUGUUUAAUCAGUGAUGAAUCAUAAGCUUGUAUCAUGUGUGUAUAAAUAAGCAUUGGAGUAAGAAUAUUAGCAGUUGUACUACACCAAAAUCCCAGCGCAAAGUUUCUUCUCGGUUGGGAAACGCUGGUAUGGAGUAAUAUUGGAAAUGAACGAAUCAUUAAUUGAGGAUUCUACUUGUACUGUCUCCAUUUCCCGUAUUAUCUUGUAAAUUUUGAAAUGUGAAGUCCCAUGUAGAAGUGCUUAAUGUGAAGAAAAUAUUUUGGGCUUUUUAUUAAAUUGCUCCAUUUCUUUAAAAUGUUUAGAAGAAUAGUGAAUAGUUUAGGUUAGCUUUUGUAAAGAUGUCACCUGAUACAACGACAGAGAGUAGUGAUGAGGAAUGGGAAGAAGUUGAAGAAUCUCAGAAAUAUGAAGAAGAAGAAGAAGAGAAAGAUGUUGUGCCAUCUGCAAAUGUGGAGGUUGAGUGGGUUCCAGAUGCUGUGAAGAAGAAACUCAAAAGAGAAAAAUGGGAUCGAGAAAUGGUUGAAACAUGCAUUAGGCAAGCAGCUAAGAGAAUUGACAAAGAAAUGCAAACUGUUAUGCAUAAGGUUCAUCUUAUGUGUCUCUUAACAAUGGGAAUGCGUGUUAACCGAAUUUGCAACAAUGAAGAACUCCUAUCAAGAACAUAUUCUUUACUUCCCAAGAAGUACCAUGAUGUCAAGCCGAAACAUGUCUCUGCAAUGUUCUUAACAAGGUUUAUACAAGAUAUGAAAAAAAUAUUUGAGACUGAAAAUGGGGUGGAAAAGCUUCUUGGUUUUGGAAUGCUCAGAUUACCAUUCUUGGAGACUAAGAUGAAAAAAGCUCUGGAAGCACAAAAAGUCAAGUUCAAGUUGGAUUGGGUGUUGGUUUUUGUCCUUGCAUUGCGAGCCAUGGGAUUGAAUACAAGGCUAGUGGUAUCAUUACAGCCUCUUCCUUUGAAAACACCAAUAGAGAAACGAGAUGAGAGCGUUGCUGCGAUCAAAUCGAAAAUUUACGCAUCAAAGAAAAAUAAAACUAAAGAUAUUCCGCUUUUAAUGGACAAGGACAGCAAGGUGAUACUUCAACUCGAUGGAGCGAAUGAUUCUCCGCAGAAACGACGAGUUACUCGAUCAUCCACUGCAGGAGUGAAAGUUAACAAUGAAGAAUCCGUCAAUCCUGUUAAAGCUCGGAAACGAAAAAUUGCUAAAAAAGAUUCCGAUGAAGAAAAUGCUGCUCCUUUAAAAACAAGGAGAAGUAAAUUGAACAAAGUUGAAGAAAAAAUUACCGAAGUAUCGACAGCUGUAGCAAAGAAAGAAGUAACGAAAAAAUUGAGAAAAUCAAAGAAAGAUACAACUGCAGUCCAAGAAAGUGAAACUAAGAAAGAAAAUGCAUCAAAACAAAAAAUUGAAGAAAAUAAAGUGGACGAGACACCACUGGUGAAACAACUCACAAAUACCAAAGCUAAAAGAAAAUUGAGAACUACCGUUAAACGAAAGAUUAAUGUGAAAAGUGAUGUGGACUCAGAUAACGAAGAUGCUGAUUUUCAACCCGUUGUUAAUUCACCCAGUUCUAGUGAAAAUGACAGUGAUUUUGAACCUAAAAUGGAAACAAAGAAAUCACCAGCUAAGAAAAGCCGUAGCAAUGUCCAAGGAAAUACUACUAAAAAGACGUCUGCAGGGAAAGCCAAAACAAAGAAGGUGACAUCUCGUAAAACUUCUGCAGCAAAACGAACAGUGAGCAGUGCAGAUUGUUAUGAUCAAUGGAUAGAAGUAUUUUCAGAAGAGGAGGGCAAGUGGAUCUGUCUCGAUGUAUUCCGUUGCAUUAUCAAUCAUCCAGAAGAAAUAGAAAAGUAUUCUACUCCUCCUGUUCAUUAUGUCCUUGGAUUUAGUAACAAAGAUUACAUUAAAGAUAUAACUCCUCGCUAUGCAGCAAAAUGGUUAACUGACACUAGAAAGUUGCGAGUUGGAAUGGUUGAUAAAGAUUGGUGGAAGGAGACACUGGCACCAUACGCAGAACGUGAUACGGUAUUAGAUGCUAAGGAAAACAGAGACAUGCAAGAAGCUCUUUUGGCUCAACCAUUGCCUACAACCAUAUCCGCUCUUAAAAAUCAUCCAUUGUUUGGUUUGAGGAGGCAUCUUCUUAAAUAUGAAGCUAUCUAUCCACCAGAUGUACCUGCUGUUGGUCUUAUAAGAGGAGAAGAGAUAUAUCCUCGGUCAUCGAUAUACACAUUAUGCAGCAGAGAAAAAUGGCUUCAAGAGGCAAGAAGUGUGAAAGAUGGUGAAGAGCCUUACAAAAUGGUGGCAUCAUUAUGGAUAAACAUGAAGUUGAAGCAAGAUAUGUCAACAUUGUCAAUGCCACUGUUCGGAAUUUGGCAAACUGAACCAUAUGUGCCACCUACUGCAAAGAAUGGAAAGGUGCCGAAAAACCAAUUUGGUAAUGUUGAUUUGUUCCAGCCAGAGAUGUUACCUAUUGGUUGCGUUCAGUUACGUCUGCCUGGGCUAAACAAAGUCGCUCGAAAGUUGGAUAUUGAUGUUGCAUUAGCUGUUAUCGGUUUCGACACACAUAAUGGAUAUCCACAUACUGUCACGGAUGGCUAUAUCGCCUGUAUCGAGUAUGCAGAAACACUAGAAGAAGCAUGGAAAGAAGACCAGCUUCAUGCUGCAGAACGGGAGAGAGAGAAAAAGGAUAAACGUGUUUACGGACAUUGGAAAUUUUUUAUAAAAGCCAUGUUAGCAAAAGAAAGAGUGAAAAGAAAAUAUGCUUAUUUGGGAACAAUGAGCACGGAAAAGGGAUCUGCUGAUCAAAAUAACAACACUGAAUCUAGUGCUGCAUGGCAAGCAAAAAGAAUUGAAGUAGCAAGAAGAAUGUCUAAGCACAUGAAACGAAGAAAACUUCCCAUUGGAAAUCAAAAGGAGGAAUUGUUUCCAUUCUGAUGAAUAAAGAUAUUUUAUAUCAAUCAUGAACAUUUUUUUAGGAAUUAUUUUUACUGCCAUUAUUGAAUUGCUUUCCAUUUCAUAUCUAAUUCUUUCACUUUGCAGUAUUUCUUUUGUCGAUUGUACAUAAAUUUCUGGAAUUACCUCACUUUGCAGUAUUUUUUUUGCUGAUUGUACAUAAAUUUCUUAAAAAAUAGUUAAAUUUAGUUUGACAAAGGUUUAAACAUCGGAAGCAUAGUUGAAAUGCAUGUUAGGGGUCUUCUUCUCCAUGGUUCGACUUGAGUUGUUGAUUUUUUUAUGAGGCAGCAAAUAUUGUUAAAUACUGAUUCAAUUCUGUUUACAGACAUUGUGAGGCAGAUAGUAUACGCUACAGGAUAGUCCGGUACAUUUAAAGAAGUUUAAAAUUGAAUCAAAAUGUAUGUAUGUGGUUGUGAAAAAAUUUGUCCAACAGCAGGGAGGGACACAAUAUUUUGCCUGUCCCCUGAACCAGUCAUUCAAUGUACUGGGUCCGAUUAAUGAUAUUAAUGGUUAACUGUUGGUCAGCCAUGAUUUUCACCAGUGUUUUAGCUGAAUGAUUAAAAAAUGCUCCAGAUCUAAAUUUCAAAUAUUUUAUGAAAUACUUAUUCAAAUGAAACAACACAAUCAAUAAAUACAAGGCACACAAA